AUGCGCGAACAAGGGUUCACACGCAAGGACGUUGGGACCCUAGAAAUGCAAAGAGCGAUCCUUAGGGCACAACUACAUGCAGAGGAAAACGCUCUUACAUAUCUUAUGUCUAAUAUUAGACGAAAACGCCCACAGGACGAUGGAUCUUCCGUCUCGGUCUUACUUUGCGAUCGCUGCGCAAUAGAUCCCAUCGUAUAUGCAACAAUGGAAUUGCCCGGGAAUCUUGUAGACGAUUUGAUGACCGAAUAUGGACUACGGGAUGCCCUUGCGAGGUAUAGCGGCCGUUCAAAAGCUUCAACAAAAGGGAACUUCUCUGAGAAAGGCACAUAUAUAGACCCCUUGGUCAUCCUCACUGACGGUGUAGACGAGUGGAGAGUCGACGAUGGAGUUCGAAGUCUUUACGACCCCAAGACUGUCGCUGUAACCUUCCGUGACGUCCUAGCGAGACUAAAAAUCAGCCAUUUGGAGCUUGGUGAAAAUAUCAAGGAUAUAGAAGAACGUGUGGCCUGGGUUAUGACAGCAUCAGGGCUUAAGGACUAA